GUGGAUUUGGGUAAAAGGGAAGGCUGACCCGGAUUCAAAUUAUUUUAGUUUAAUGCUCUCUGAGUGUCUGUGUCUCAGAUAGAAGAACAGAAUAGAACCCUAAAAAAAAAAGCCCAAAAACCCUCUUCACUCGGCACAGAACAGCUCCUCUCUCGUUCCGAAUGGCGACAAUACCAGUUAACCCGAAACCAUUCUUGAACAAUUUGACCGGGAAGCCUGUCAUUGUCAAACUCAAGUGGGGAAUGGAGUACAAAGGUUUUCUUGCCUCAGUGGAUUCAUACAUGAACUUGCAGCUGGCUAACACCGAAGAAUACAUUGAUGGACAAUUCACUGGAAAUCUGGGAGAGAUUUUGAUCAGAUGUAACAAUGUUCUUUAUCUUCGUGGAGUACCAGAGGAUGAGGAAAUUGAAGAAGCUGAUCGAGACUAAGAAAUGGGGCAUCCCAGCAGUUUGGUAGUGGCCUAAGUAGGAUUCCAGUAUUCUAUUUUGCUUCUUUGAGUCAUGGCACCUACAUUGUACUUGUAUCCCAUGUAGAGGUCUUCUGGAUGUUCCAUUGCUCAUGCUAACAAUGCCUUAUAAAGGGACCCUCAUAGAUAUAUUGUUCCCUUAAGUUGGUUCUGAUUGCCUGCCCUUUAUCAUGGUGAAUAGUUCAAUACACUGCAAAAAUAUUUCACUUA